CCCCGAGCGCGGAGCGAGGUCCCCGCGGAGCCUCCGAGGCACCGGGACGUCCGCCGGGCAGCGCCUGGCUCCUGCCGCCGUCGGGCCUGUGAGACAAGUCGCUGGGACUGAGGACAGGGACGCCGGGGAGGGCGCGGCGGUCGGUCGCGGGCAGCCGGGCGGACUCCCUCCCUCGCGGGCCACGCCGGCCAUGGCCACGGGGGCGCUGUGGGCGCUGGCCCUGGCCACGGCCCUGGCCACGGCCACCAGAGUGGCGGCUGCCAGCCCCCCUAACAUCCUGUUGAUCUUUGCCGAUGACUUGGGCUAUGGAGACCUGGGGUCCUACGGGCACCCCAGCUCCACGACCCCCAACCUGGACCAGCUGGCUGCAGGGGGACUGAGGUUCACAGACUUCUACGUGCCGGUGUCCCUGUGCACGCCCUCCAGGGCCGCCCUGCUGACCGGCCGACACCCGGUGCGGAUGGGCCUGUACCCUGGCGUCUUGGAGCCCAACUCCCGGGGGGGCCUGCCCCUGGAGGAGGUGACCCUGGCCGAGGUCCUGGCCGCCCGCGGCUACCUCACAGGGAUGGCUGGCAAGUGGCACCUCGGGGUGGGUCCCGAGGGGGCCUUCCUGCCCCCGCACCAGGGCUUCCACCGCUUCCUGGGCAUCCCGUACUCCCACGACCAGGUAGGAGCCAGCCCGGCGGCCCGCGCCCCCGCCCACCCCGGCCGGCCGGCGCUUACUGGCGACGUUGGGGCUGGAGCGGUGGUCGGCCCUGUUCUUGACCAGCCUGUCGUCGCCCGGCAGCCUCUUGGGCUCACUGUACUCGGCCCAGGGCGGCGGCGGGCUCUCGGGGGAGCCGUUCUGGGCAGAGCUGUUGUAGAGCUCGAAGCCUUCGCUCUUCGGCCGGGGUUUACCCGAGCCCCGCCGGUCCGAAGCUGCACAGAAAGGCGGGUGUCAGGGAGUGAGGAGCCCCGGCCGCCGCCUCGCUUGCGAAGACGAGGCUUCCGCACGCGCACGCCGCCCCCAGGCUCCAUCCACAGCGACACCACGGCGGACGCCGCCUGCCACGCCGCCAACCCCCUGACCGCCCACGAGCCCCCUCUGCUCUUCGACCUGUCCGCGGACCCCGGGGAGAACUACGACCUGCUCGGGGGCGGGGCCGAGGUCUCCCCCGAGGCGCUGCAGGCCCUGAAGCAGCUGCAGCUGCUCAAGGCCCAGUUCGAUGCCGAGGUGACCUUCGGCCCCAGCCAGAUGGCCCAGGGCGAGGACCCGGCCCUGCAGAUCUGCUGCCAGUCCAGCUGCAGCCCCCGGCCCGCCUGCUGCCACUGCCCCGAGCCCCAGGCCUAGCGCCGGGGCCGGGCCGCUGAGCAGGCCGCACCGGAGCUCGCCAAUAACACCAGCUGGCAG